AUGAAUCUGAAUAAUGGAUUAUGGGGUGUAUACCAAGGCCCACAGCCUCCACCCAAAGCUCUACUGGAAAUGACACAAGAAGAACAAGCCGAAGCUGGUGCACAACAAUUUAUCAGUUUUAUGCAAUCGUGUCCAGGAAAAACUGCAAUGGCGGGUGUCAGUGGGUUUGCAUUGGGUGGUUUCUUUGGUCUUUUUAUGGCAUCGAUGGCCUAUGAUGUGCCUGUGGGAACAGACUCGGUGAAGCACAUUAGUGAAUUACCAUUUAAACAGCAAAUGAAACUACAAUUUGGUGAUAUGGCUAAGCGAUCGUACUCUUCUGCAAAGAAUUUCGGAUACAUUGGUUUGGUAUAUUCGGGAGUAGAAUGUGCAAUCGAGAGUUUUAGAGCUAAACACGAUCUUUAUAAUGGCGUUAGUGCCGGAUGCAUCACUGGGGCUGGGUUGGCCAUCAAAGCCGGACCUCAAGCGGCUUUUGUUGGUUGCGCAGGUUUUGCAGCUUUCAGUUUAGCUAUUGACACAUAUCUUAAUAGCGACUCUACAUAUCCUCCAAAGAAUGAUUACGAUACAUAA